CUUCAACUUAGUUAACCCUUAUGGCGCAUGCGCAGAUUCCGCGCGCUAUCGCGUGCGUGCGGUGACUGCCAGGUCACGCCGCAAUCAUUUGACUGUCGCGUGAACUCGCCUGUUUCACCGCGUGUGCUGCGUUGCCGCCUAGCUGCCCCCCUUUCUAAAGUCCGCCAGAGAGACGACGCUGGUCUGGGAUGUCUCCUUCAGGUUGCCUUUUCGAGCAGAAACGCCCAUUUUCGACGAUCACGAUCGUCCGCAUUUGCGCCAUGAGAAAGGGAGUCCUGGAUUGAUGAAUGAUAGUGCAGUGAAGUGAUAAAACGGGUGUGCAGGGAAGGUUGGUGGGGAAGAUGGUGCUCAUAAGCCUUGACUCGGAUGGUGUGAGUGGACGUUGUAGUCGGCCCGUGGCUCAAAGGCGCACUCUUCGCUUAUGUCCACCGACACCUGGAGCAGCAUUUCCUUGGACAACUCAAUCCUGAAUUGCUCAUGGGUGAAUUUUCUAGAUGACUGCGUAGAUGUACUGUACAAGAUGUCCGCAUUUACCACAGCCAUGUCGAAUAAAUGGAAGGCUGUCCUUCUCCACCAUUUGACCGUGCGGUGUGAAAACCCGUAGUAGGACCUGUUUUGGUGGAAUUAGUGAAACGAUGUAGUCCUCUGUAUGGUAGUAUAAUCAUGUAUGUUGUGUACAAUAUGUGUUUUUUAUAGUAUGUGGAGUAUG